AUGGCGCGUCCUGAACAACCUAUGAUCCCGCCAUCGUUCUUUAGCGGCUCACCUAACCUAGGGGAAGUCGACGCGAAGAUACAAGUUUUCAAGCACCAGAUCAACCUAAUACAGGGAGAAAUCCGACGCCUCGAAGAAUACAAGAACACCCGAUUGCUCACCGUAUCCAAACUUCCGCCUGAAGUCUUGUCGAUGAUCUUCGAGUCGCUCGCAUUCUCGGUUCCUCAUGAUUCGUACUCCAUUCGCUAUGCCUAUGGGCACCUUCUUCCCGCCACACAGGUGUGUCGCCCGUGGCGUCAGGUAGCGCUCGAAUCACCUCGAAUCUGGGGCUACAUCUUUGGAUUCGCUUCACCUCGCAUCGUCGAGCUUUUCCUAGAACGCGCUAAAUCUGCGCCACUGUACUUGCUCGCCCCCAUAUAUUACACAAACGAGAAAACCUUGCUGGCUGUCCUUAAUCACCUCGACAGAUUGAAAGAAAUCAAUUUGUCAUGCAAGCCGGAAUGGGUCAAACGGAUCAUAUCUGAGCCAACUCCCCAACUUGAAGUCAUAACACUAAAAAUGGCAUCCCGUUCCUCCUCAGAUGCGCUCCAGUUCCCCGCCGAUGCGUUCCCAGCAUUGCGGCAUCUGUCCUUGACGGACUAUACCCUCCAAACACCCACGGCAUCUCUCAUCAACCUCCGCACUCUCAUGAUAAAGUCUCAUCGAUACGGAGGGAAACUCUCUGGCACUGAUACCGUUGACUUGUUUACCAUGCUGAAUGAUCUCUCCCUCCUGUCAUCCCUCACUCUAAUUCAUACACUUGCGCCGCUGCAUGGACCCGUACCCCCGCUGUCCGUCAAUCUCCCAAGCUUGACCCACCUGUCUAUUCAGGACGACGACAUUUCAAACCUAGGAAUGGUGUCCUGUAUCGUAGCACCCCUCAUUAAAACCAUACAGCUCAUCCAUUCUGGUCAAGCCGACGUCGAGAUUGCCACCCCUGUCAUUGCCGCCAUAUACUCGAAACUUCCCAACGUCCCCCACUCCCACUCCGCAUUCAUGCUGCACGCCACCCAGUAUUCCGAUAGCCAUGCUCACGUAAGAAUGUGGGCAGGUCGUACCACGCAAGAGCGAGAAUCGGAUACUGCAUUCUUCGAUCUGAAAGUCUUCGGCACAGGAGAUCUGCAGACAGAGGGCGCGGUCUUGACGCUUUGCCCAUCUAAUGACAUACCUCCCGUCUUACAUCUUCAUUCUGAUGUAGAAUCGUUCAACGACGAUUCCCUUGAUACCCAGCGAGAAAGGAUCCUCCGCCGGCUGAAAGACGUCACCGUACUUCAUUCUCACCGUCUGAUUGACAUAACCCUUGUCCUUUGUGAUACACCCGCAAAGCGAAGACAAGCUAGAUCCCUCCCAUCGCUGAAGACGAUCAUUCUCAAUGGAUCGCGGGGCAUCAAAUACAAGCAGAGGGUGUUGACUCGCUUGAUGAAACAACUCGAGGCCAGAAGGGCACUGGGAACUGGAGUCGAGACGUGGCAACUUCGUCCCAACCAGCUAUCGCCCAGCGAUAUUGAACAAUUCGAAGACAUCAUCGAUAUUCAAGUGGUAGAAGCUGAAGUCUCCGCGUUCAAGGAGGAUAGAUAUUAUUGA